AUGCGUUUCGCAACUUUUGGCAUGUUGACUCUCCUGCCGGCUUUUGGCUUGGCUAAGGACUGUGGAAUCUUCUACGAAUGGGCAGGUACCAGUCAACUAGAUGUCUGGCGGGAUCUCAGGGCUGCAAGCAUGUGCAACGAUGUCGGCGGCAGGAUGGCUAAUGACGAAGUUGGCUUGAGGAAUGGAAAUGAAGUUUAUCGCUGUGCUGUCUGUCGCAAUGCUCGGGGCGGAACAAAAGACUACACCCGAACUGUUAUGCAGGGAAACACCCAAAUCACCUACUCAGUCAGGUGCGGCUGGUUUGGAAAGGGCAAGUGCUCCGCGUGA